AUGGAUUAUACACCAUCAAUAACUUUAACUGAGUUAAAAAAUGCAAUAAAAGCAAAUGAUGAAUCAUAUGCCAGAGAAGAAAAAAUUGAGAAACUAAAAAAUUAUAUAGACAAAGUAGUUGAAGAAGGAAAAUGGGACAUGGAUGAUGUAUUUAGAGAAACCAAUUUUAAUGAUGAUACAACAUUUAAUUGUGUUGUUUAUUAUUUGGCAGGGUAUUUGGCAAGAAGGCUUAGUAAGAAAACAAAAUGUCAACUUUGCCUAUCAGGAAUUAAAAAUAAUGAUUCCAUUGAUAAUAACUUAGCUGCAGCUAAGUUAACAAAUCUUAAGUCUCGUGGUUAUUUGACACAACCAGAUAGUGGCUUUUAUAUUUUGUUAAGACAAAUUGAAAAUUCAUUUGCUCUUAAUGCUCAAAGCCCAAAUGCUUUUGAUGAUACUAUUGACCAUUUUAUUAACAACAAUUAUAUAAUUCCAUUUCCUUGUGAUGAAAAUAAGCAUGAAAUAGUUCAGUUUAUUUUUGUGUCAUAUCUAACUAUGAGAAUGAGACAAUUCACUUGGAUGAGCAACAAAAAAACAAAAUCUACAAAUAAAGUAAAGAAAAAAUUGUCAAAAUUAGUCCCCCAUUAA